GGGGACAGAGGGAAGAAAAAGAGAGAGGGAGAGAAGCAGGAAAAGUUUUUUUAGAGGAAAACGCAGGGCUAGUCUGUUGGCCUGACGUCAGAUGCAGCUUUCAUAACCCCCCCCCGGGAGGGGGGGCUGAGGAAGGCUCUCUGCCGCUCUGAUGGGCCAGCCCAGUCCUGGCCCAGCUCCCCCGAGGCAUCUGCCUUCUCUGGGCUGAAAGGUAGCUCCUGUGUCACUGACUUCCAGGCAUGAGGUGGCUCCUGCCCUGGACGCUGGCAGCUGUGGCAGUCGUGGUGGCGGGCAACGUCCUGGCCACGGUGAGUCCCUCCUGGGGACCUGAUCCCUUGCCGCCUGGUGCUGAGGCCAAGGGACUGGGGGUCAAGACAAGAUGGGUUGGAAUGCAUGUCUACCACCUGUGUUUUGCAGAGGUGGUCGGUGUGGGCUGUGUCCUGGAUGGCGUACGCUACAACAAUGGCGAGUCCUUUCAGCCCAACUGCAGGUACAACUGCACCUGCAUUGAUGGCACGGUGGGCUGCACACCACUGUGCUUGAGCCCCAGGCCCCCGCGCCUCUGGUGCCGACAGCCCCGGCAUGUGAGAGUCCCUGGCCAGUGCUGCGAGCAGUGGGUGUGUGACGAUGAUGCCAGGAGGCCACGCCAGACUGCACUGCUGGACACCCGAGCCUUUGGUAAGUGUGGGCGGGACAAGUGGAGUCUCGGGAUACCACGGAGCCCCUGGAGUCCUGAUUUUCUCUUAAUAAAUCAAGGCCAUUACCCAUCCCACAACUCACCAGUUAAAUGGUCUUGGGGAUGUGCUGUCUGGAAUCCAAAUUUCCCAUCC